UCGCUGCGAUUCGAUUGAUUUGAAUCUUUUUUUUUAAUCGGUGUUUUGAGGCUGACCUUCCUACUUAAAAGCCGAAUCUGCAAAACAGAAGACCGACAUUACACAUGAACAGUUAUCAUAGCUCAUAUUAAUAGCGCUUAUGUAUAUAUAUAAAUUAGAAUAUAUUUGUUCUUAUUGAAACGUUGAACUUUGUACACGUUUCCCCGCCCCUGCUGUAAACACUGCAUACUUCAGAGUCUCAGGUGCACUCUUACGGACAACACAAGAUGUCCAGCUCCAGGAAAGUGAUUGAACUGUUUUACGACGUGGUUUCGCCUUAUUCCUGGUUGGCAUUUGAGGUGCUCUGUCGGUACAGAAAUGUCUGGAACAUCGAGCUCAAAUUUCGCCCCGCCUUUUUGGGCGGAGUCAUGCAGGGGUCAGGUAACAGGCCGCCUGCGAUGGUGCCGAAUAAAGGUCAGUACCUGGUGAAGGACCUGAACCGGCUGGCGUCUUACAUGAACGUGCCUCUGUGUCAACCGUCCAACACGUUCGAGGUCAUGUUUGAGAAAGGUUCUCUUGCUGCUAUGCGCUUUAUAACUGCAGUAGUGGAAAACGCUAAAGAUGGCGAUCGCCUGGUGGAGAACGUUUCUAGAGAAGUGUGGAAGCGGAUCUGGAGCACGGAUCAGGAUAUCUGUGAGCCAGCGUCCCUCUCUGAGGCAGGACUGAAGGCCGGUUUGUCCUCCAGCGAAGUGGAAGAAUUAAUCAGACAGGCCAAAUCUCAGCCAGUCAAAGACAAGCUGAAACAAACUACACAGGAAGCGCUCGACUACAAGGCGUUCGGGUUUCCUCUCAUAAUCUGUCACGUCGACGGAAAACCUGAGGCGUUCUUCGGCUCGGACAGGUUCGAGCUCAUGGCUUACUGCAUCGGAGAGAAGUGGCUCGGUCCUCAACCUGACAAGCUCACAUCAUAUCUGUAACUACACCCUGUUUAAGCACAAUUUCAAUAAAGUGUGUACAUACUCCUUGUGUGUGUGUGUGUGUGUGUGUUGAAUGAGAUCAAUGUUGCUGGACUAGAAAGUCAGGUUUGUUUCGUGUCAGGUGAGAAAGAUGGUGGGAUGAAAGAAAGAAUGAAAUGUAUGCAAACGACAAGAAGCUAUUCAUAGGAAGUGAUUGUUCAGCUGAAGUAGAGGAAUGAUGACUGAGUAUAAAUGAGAAAAAGACUGAGAAAUGAAUAUGAAUACGGAUAGAGUUCUUUAAAGUAAACGCCUGUGUUCUUUAAGAACAACAUGAACAAGUGCUACGUUGACUGGUCUUCUUUUUUUCUGCCUCAUCAGGUAAGACAAAUGUUCACAGUUUAGAUUUUUUUUUCCAUGACCCAUUUAGAAAAGCAGAAACUAACAACGUGAAUCAAUUGUUAGAUUUACUAAAGCUGGAAUUAAUUAAAUUGGCACCAAAAACAACAAUUUUAAGAGUUAAAAAAAAUCAACGUUAAUUAUGUGAAACACUGCAGACUGAUGUAUUUAAAAAUAUGUGUACAACACUGUAAAACUGUCAUUAAUAUAAACUGAUAUACUCUAGACUAGUGCAAUAAUAUUCAUCAGGGUUGUACCAACGUCCUGUGGUGCGGGGGGGCUGUUGUUACCGAGGAUCCAUCUUUCUGGAGAGUAAAUUGGAUCAUACCAUUGUUAUGUGAAGUGGGAGGAGCAAACCAGUAGAAAUCCAGGUUGUACCAUUUUUCAACGGUGCAGGUUCAACUGGAUCGUCCUAUUGGUGGUGGAUUAGGGCUAUACCAUCAUUUUGGGUGUACUGAGGAAGUAAACAAAAGGUCUGAGGUCAAAUGUGUCCUUAUUGGCGGUAAAGAUUUUCAGAAAAUGGUAUAGUUGAUGGCCUCGCCAUAUCCCGCCUC